AUGCCAAAUGAAAACAGGUUAGCCACAAAAGAGAACCAGAGCGGGGUUUCUAAUGCGAAUGUGCAGCCUACUCGCGAAGACAACAAGAUGGAUGUUAAACCUGAGUAUGCGCAGGCGCAGGAAGGCACGCUUGUGUUGGUGAAAGACUAUGAAAUAGAAACAGCAAGUGGAAUUUCGCUACUAAAAAGAGCUUCACUCUCCAUUCCGGAGGGAAAACUGACUGCCCUGAUAGGCCUUAGCGGAGACGGCAAGUCAACGCUUAUGAACGGGCUUGCAGGCCACUGCACGCCCUCUCACAAGACAUAUGGCGAAAUAUGGACCAAAAGCCAGAGCGGGGGGCUUGAGAAAAGAAAUGUCAAAGAGUGGUUUCCAACAGUAAACUAUUCACAGCAGGACGUGGUGAGCUACGAAAACAUUCCACUGCGCGAAGGACUGUGCUCAGUUGCCAGAUGCGAGGGCCGGUCCAUUGAGGAUGUGGACGGGUACAUGGACCUCUUUAGGCUUUCAAAGUCGGCAAAAACAAGAUUCGUGAAGCUCUCUGGGGGAGAGCAGAAAAGAGCAAUGGUUAUUAUUGGGCUUCUGUCGAACAAGCAGUUCAACAUUUGGGAUGAGCCUUUAUCGGGCCUGGACUCUGAAAUUGCAAGAGUUAUUCUUUCAACAAUGGCAAACACCCAGACCACAAACCUUGUCACCGUGCACCAAGUCUCGGAGGAUCUGAUGAAAAAGUUUGACAACACUGUUAUAAUGCACCGCUCCACAAUUGUUUACUCAGGGCCCACCCGCGAAAUAAAGGCAUACUUUACCAGCGCAGGGGUUGAGUUUCCGGAUGACACCUUCUACAUAAACUACAUUAUGAAGCUUUCUGCUGAAAACAGCGAGAAUGAGGUGGACAAAAAAAACAUAGCGGCUUUGAACAGGAUUGCAGACGCUAUCCUUCAGAGGCCGCAGGGAGCGCCUGCAGCAGGAAACCUUGUACACAACAAAGACAUGCUAAAGGUGUCGUGGGUGAACAUAAGAGAGCUGUUUAGAUGGCUGUCAUACUUUGACAGGUGGUUUAGAGGAUCCUCUCUGAUCGCUGAUUUUCUAGUCCCCGGGGUAUUUAUAGGCUUUAUGGGGGUUAUUAUCCAAGUCAUUGAGUACAAUAACAGACAGUUCAGUCUUUUUGGAAACACCAACAUAACCAUGCGAUUUUUUGUCGAGAUAAAAAAAUAUUUCAGCUCCAUAGAGAUAGCGAACAAAGAAGCGCACAUAAAUGCCAUAAACAGGGUUCUGACGAUCAUGGGCCACGGUGCAAUGCUCGAUCGGAUAGUCUUCAUGUUUUCCAGAGUUUUGAACUUCUACACUUUGCUGAUCAUCUUUGUGUCCAGCAACUUUAAAACCCAAAAGUUCCAGAGGCUGUGCAAAACCAACACGUAUGAAGGACGCAUCAAGCCGGCAGAUUACAUCACUGCGCUGUUUUUCGACGUCUUUGUGCGGAAAGGGGCAAUUAUAUGGCUUAUGAAUAUGCUUGUGUUUUGGAGCAUGUGCUUUGUAGUAGACGCUCCGCUCAAGCCCUACAUCACUGUUGGCUGGGCGUUGCCUACGGCUUUGCUGCUGGGGUAUUCGGGUAUUUUAGGGCUGCACGCUGUGCUUUUAAACCUUAUUCCGGUUUCUAUAAAGUUUUUCCCCAUUGUAGCAGCCGUCUACCUUAUUGUUAUUGGGCACCUUCCAUUGGCAGCAGAAGUUGCUGCUUUGGAGCGCACAGGCUUCUAUAUGAAAGAUCUUCCCAUAUUGGCAUCGUAUAAGAUUCCAGACUAUUUGGGGGACUUAUCAAGUGCAAGCGACUCUCCGUCGCUUUUAGCCAAGAGCAUGGCUUGGUUAUCAACCGCCAAGACAGUCGUCAUGCAGUAUCUGGUGCUAAUGUCCCCGGGUCAAUAUGUUUCCCAGAUUCUGACAAAGAUUUUGCUGUACAGAAACAAGCUGACUCUGUCCUCUGGAAAAGAAGUAGAUGCGGUUUCGAAUGUUAGAAUGCUUGUAGAGUCUCAUUCUGAAAGUCUGAUAGCUCAUAUAGAAAAAUCCUCCGCGCAAUGCCUGGAUAUAGACACUGCAGUUCAGUACUUGGACCUUAUAGCUAAAAAGAAGCCCUCGAUGUGCGAAGUGCUUAGCCCCGAAUCAAAACUUAAGAGUAUUUCCCUCAUACAUAUAGCAUGGAGUAUGCUUCGAUUCUGGUGCCUCCCUAUGUGUCUUAUGUGUGCUUCUGCGUAUUUUGCAUAUAGAUCUAUGCAGCCCAAGCUAAGAAGCUAA